AUGUAUGGCUUCAGCCCGAAUCUCUCAACACAGGACGUUUUCCUGCACCUGCAGGGUGAGGUCCUAAGCUACAUUACCUCAGGCAUGGAACACAUCCUUGCGGCUCUCACUUUCAAGAGCGCCUUCGACACCAUGGGUCAUGAACUUAUUCUGCAGGGACUCAACAACACCAGUUCUAUAGCUUCUGCCGGUCGUAAAUAUGGCGAUGGUGACAAUGGCGGAGGUAGGGGCUAUGGCGGCGGCAACUAUGGAGGCUACGUUGGCGGCCGUGGGGGCAGUGGAUACAGUGGAGGCUACAGUGGAGGCAAUGACCGUGGAUAUGGCAGCGGUAACAAUAGAGGUGAUGGCGGCGGAGACUAUGGUGGCAGAAACGAUGGAGGCAGUGGUCGUAGAAACAAUGGCGGCUACGGUGGAACCUACCGCAGUGGAAAUGGUGGCGGAUACGGCGGAGGUUAUGGUGGUGGUAACAAAGGAGGCUACGGUGGAAGAUACGGUGGAGGAUACGGCGGAGGCUAUGGCGGAAACAACGGUGGUGACUACGGCGGCGGCAAUGGCGAGGGCUACGGCGGCGGCAACGGUGUUGGAAGCGGCGGAGGUUAUGGUGGUGGCAACAAAGGAGGCUACGGUGGAAGAUACGGUGGCGGAUACGGCGCAGGCUACGGCGGAGGCUACGGUGGUGGCUACGGCGGCGGCUAUGGUGGAGGCUACGGCGGCGGCUACGGUGCUGGAAGCGGCGGAGGUUAUGGUGGUGGCAACAAUGGAGGCUACGGUGGAAGAUACGGUGGCGGAUACGGCGGAGGCUACGGCGGCGGCUACGGUGGUGGCUACGAUGGCGGCUAUGGUGGAGGCUAUGGUGGCGGCUACGGUGGAGGUUAUGGCGGACCCUAUGGUGCAGGGUAUCUUGCAUUAUACGAGGAUCGACGUUGAAAUGACAGAGUGCCAAUUGCCAUUGUGUUGAAAGAAAGUGUUAAAUUGCCUCGUACGCUUCCACAUCACGCCAUUUGCUUCCGAAACUGCCGUAUAAUAGUUUGCGAGCAAGAAUCGAGCGACCAGUGGCUAGACCUUUCCCUGUUUAAGUUCAACAAAGAACAGGUAAUGAAACGUUCAAUUGCAGAUAGUGUAUGUUACAGUGGAGAGUGUGUCUACGAUUAAUGAGUCAGACUCAACACAGAUUACGAGUGCACACAUUUCUAGAACAUGGUCAAGUUCGAAGCGACCCGCUUAAGUUGCUUAUGUGAUGCU